AUGAGGCGCGGUACUCGUCGAGGACAGUCGAUAGCUGACGCACUGCGUAUCUAUGUGCGCCAGGAUGCUCCAGCUAAUCCAGCCAGUCCGGAGUCACCAGAUUCUCCAGACUCACCGGACAGCGCCGCCUCGACACCGUCACCAACGUCGCAAGCCUUCCCUUCGGGAACCACCAGCGCUGGCUCUCCUCCGGCAUCAACGACAUCUCUGCCCCCGGCAGUGACCAGCACAGCCAACCCGCCUCCUGCACUCCCUGCAGUGACUACUACAACAAGUGCAGCGCCGCCUCCUCCUGCACUAACUACAACGGCGCCAUCACCUCCCCCUGCGGUGACCACUACCGCGCCACCGCCGCCUCCUGCUACGACAAGUACAACCAACCGGGGACCGCCCCCCGUUACCAAGUUUUCUACCUUGUCCCCUUCCACAACGAUACCAAUUGCCUCAGCCGCUCCCGCACCCGUUCUGAGCAGUCUAACCUCAAACCCUCGACCGAUAACCACAGCUGCUCCGGUAACAUCAUUGGCAUCAUCUCUGAGUUUUGUAACCUCGCUGUCAUCAGCCACUAAGACAUCGCAGUCGCUGAUUGUGUCCAAUGCACCAACUUCGGACUCGCCUGCUCGUCAGGUACAAUCCUCAACACCAUCAACUACUGCCACCACCGCUGUGUCAGUUGAGACUGCAGUGGAUGAUGGACUUGGCAGGGCGCAGACUGGCGACAGCGAAGCAGCAGCCAACCGUCGCGGGGUAUCAGGCACCGGCAUUGCUCUCGGAACGAUCGCUGGCAUAGCCUUCGUGGUAACGGUUUUGUUUUUCCUCUGGAAAUGGCGCAAGCGGCGCAAUGCUUCCGGCAGCGAUUCUGGCAGCUCCAGCAGCUUCGGAACCGGGCAGGUUACGUCAGGCUUCAACAUCGCCCGUCGCUUCACGCACAAGUCAGACGACAGGAUCAUGAAUGAACUCAUGGUAGCUGCUUACUCGGCAGAGAACGGUCAGCAGGGCGGGUAUCAAAACGAUAUGCAGCCCAGCGGAAAUCAGUAUCUCGAUGAGAAGAGGCGCGGUCCCGAGAAUGAGGCACAUCCCGCUUUACAACCAGAAUUCCGCCAAGAUCCUUCGAUUUCAAAAUGGCUCAACCGACAAAGUCGCCAGAUGCUCAAUCCCAUGUCAGCCCGUGCUAGUGUUGUAUCGAGCGCUGCCGGUCUGAGACCGCUUGAUCUCAGAAGCAUGUCUGGCUGGGGAGACGAUGACAUGAGCGAACUUGGACGCAAUGCAGUGCCGCCGCCCUUGCAGCCGAGGAAUGGUCCGUAUCAAGGCAACGGUGCUUCCAUGCCUCCGAUGCCUCCGAUGCCUACCUACCUCCCCAGGCAGGCCGAGGCCGAUAUUCCGGAUUCGUACCUCAGAGAGCAGAAUGCAGCGCGUCCCCCCUCACCUGGCGAAUUGAAACUUCCCCCGCCCCCAGGCCGACCGUCCUCCAUGGCUGCGCCAACCGAGAUCACCAGUCGAAGCUCGGGGACUUGGAACACCUGGGGUGUCAUGCAGCACCGGGAUAAGCCAAAGGGGUGGAAGGAUAAACUGGGCAUCUAA